AAGCAAGCAGUGACAUGAAAAAUGUGACCACAGAAGCAAGCAAGAACUUGAGUGGUGCUGGUGUCGACAUUUUGAGUUCAUCUGAUCAGAAUAUGACAGUGAUUCUAUCUGAAUCAGACCAUUCUCAAAAUUCUACCAGGAACACAACCAUUUCCGGUGAUGACAGAGUCCAAACAGAUGGGUUAGUGCAGAGUGAUAACAGAAACAGAGUCUCUGAAGAGAACCUGCAUGAUUCCAAUGCAACAGCCACUGUUAAGACCAAAAAUGGAGACACAUCUGCAGGAGAAUCCUUAACUCUAGGCAGGGGUGAGUCAGAGAAUGCAAGAUUCUUGGCAUCGAAUAAAACUGGAAACGGUUCGAGAAAUGAAAUCUCUGAUGUCUCUGAGGGUGACAAUCCCGAAGGUAACUCUGGCUCCGAGGAUGAGAUUUUUAAAGGUGACAGCCAAACGGAUGAAAUGUCAGAUGAGUCCUCUGCCAAUGGUACUUCGGAUUCAGUUGAUUCCUCAGAAGAAGAAGAAGAAGAAGAAGAAGAAGAAGGUGGUGGUGCGGGGCGGCGGGAGCAGAGGAGAGAGAGGGGAAACUCGUGCUCAUCCACCGCCGUGCCUCUGCCGCCGAGAAACGCCGCCGCCGCCACUGAGAUCCACCACUGUCACCGUCGAGCAGAGCCACCCCCUUCUUUCUCUCCCCCCAGUGGGAUUAAGAAGGUAGAUUAG